UGAUGCUGUGGUGACCUCGCCACAGACAGGGACAGGAAAACAACUUCCUGCGCUCGCAGCAGCUGCUGCCAGGCUGACUGUCUCUGUCAGCGGACGCCAUGGAGGGAGCUGCGGUGGUCUCUCCCCGGAGCAGCGCCACCACGCCGGACAGUAACCUCCACACCUCCACCUUGGCCUUCGACAAGCGUUUCCUCGCAACUCCCAAAGGAAUACUCCUCUUGGCUGAGAUGGUGUUUGGCCUGUUAGUAUGGAUCCUGGUCGGAGGAACAGAAUAUCACCACGUGCCUGCACUGGGCUGGGUGAUGUUUGUGGCCAUCCUCUAUUGGGUUUUAACCGACUGCUUGUUUAUCAUUUACCUCAGUGAAGCACACAACAGGAUACCAAAGGUCCCCUGGACUACACUGUUUCUCUGUUUCAAUGGGAGCGCCACGGUCCUGUAUCUGGUGUCAGCUGUGGUGGACGUUAAUAUAGUGAGCCAGGCCAUUAGAGGGCGCCACAGUUACAACUGCUGGGCAGCAUCUGCGUUCUUUGCAUUCCUGACCACGCUGUGCUACGCAGGAAGUACCUGCAUUAGCUACCGUGCCUGGAGAAGAGAUGAGGAGGUGUAGACUGCUGAAGAUAACAGUCUGUCUAUGAAGAGGGUAUCCAACAAAAUGUGACACAACUUCAGACCAGCACGAAAGUUCACUCUCUCUUUUAAUUCAGUCAAAUCAAAUAAUUCGUUUAAUACUGUAGUAUUGAUUGUCGUUAUCUCUACUAAACAGCCUUUCCAUGUCAAAAGCUUUUCAGUAUAGACAAUGCACAUAUUUGAUGGUGUGUUUAAAACACACCAGCACUAACCAUGAGAGACAGAGGGAAAAAAAGCAUAUUUUUUUGUUUGUUUUUCUGUUUUUCUACAUCAUGCGUAUGCAGGACUACUUCCAAACCAUCACUACAUCUGAUUUCACUCAUUACUCCCUCCCUGUCUGGUUGAAAGUGUGCAAACCAGUGAAAUCAGCUGGUGUAGAGUUGGGCUGGAACUUAAAACUGCAUAUACAUUGUAAUGUUCUGUUAUGUAAUAAA